AUGUGGCUAACAAGUGUGGCAGGCUCAGGGCCAGCUAAUGCGGCAGUUUGUUCCGCCCAGUGUCCAAUACCAAGUGUGGGAGCUGUUAAUACCCUGGUAUCGCUUUUGGUUGAGGGUAUCCUAUCCGCCCAAUGCAAUAUAUCGCGACCAGAGGUUUGGCCUGAGGAUUAUGCCGAUCAGGCUCGACGGAAUGGCCUAAAGGAUCCUUAUGAUUUUGUGGUUAUUGGAGCCGGUACGGCAGGUUCGAUAAUGGCUAGCCGUUUGAGUGAAAAUCCGCAAUGGAAAGUUUUGGUCUUGGAGGCGGGAGGAGAUCCACCACCAGAGUCGGAGAUCCCCGAUGUAUUUUUCUCGAUGCAACAUACCCCACACUCCUAUCGUUAUUUCACCGAACUCGAUGGUGGCUGUAGCUGCCAGGCAUUUGAGGGCGAACGCUGCCAUUGGCCCCGUGGCCGCACCAUAGGUGGUACGGGAGCCAUGAAUGGCAUGUUGUUUAUUAGAGGAACCCGCCGCGACUAUGAUCUAUGGUGUAAGGAGGGUGCUGCAGGUUGGUGUUAUGAUGAAGUGUUGCCAUAUUUCGCAAAAGCCAUAAUGCCACAGGGAAAUGCCAGCCAUCCCAGGGGUUAUGUGACCCUAAAUCAUUUUGGAAGGUUCACCGAGGAUAUUAACACCGUAAUACUGCAGGGAGCCCAGGAAUUGAAGCAACCUCUGGUGGAAGAUUUUGUGGAGGGGAGUUAUGUCGGCUAUACCUAUGUUCGAGGCACCACGGCAAAUGGUAAACGUUCGAGUACGGGGAAAAGUUAUCUGGCCAAGGUGGCGGAACGUCCUAAUCUCAAGAUCAUUAAAAAUGCCCAGGUGACCAAGUUGAAAUUUGAUUCGUCGGGGAAGAAAGUCACUACUGUGGAAUUUCUUCUGCAAAAUAAAUCUUCCCUCCAAGUCAAUGUCGGACGAGAGGUCAUACUUUCCGCAGGGGCCAUAGAUUCCCCCAAGCUACUAAUGCUUUCCGGCAUAGGACCUUCCGAAGUGUUGAGGCCGUUAAAUAUACCCCUUCUCCAUGACUUACCGGUGGGUAAAAAUUUACAAGACCACGUGAUAGCCAUUAUAUUUUUCCGUAUACCAGCCCCACCUUCGAACCCUUUGGAUAGCCUCACGGCCACCUAUCAAUAUUUGACAAACAAUUCCGGGCCUCUAAGUGGCAUUGGCACCGCCCACUUGACAGGAUUUAUAAAAGCGGAUGCAAAAUCCUCUUCACCCUACCCAGAUGUGGAGAUACAUCACAUUCUGGUGCGCAGAGGUAAUCGGGAUGGUCUAAGGACCCUCUUAAAUGGCUUCACCGUGAAGCGCGAAUUCCAGGAACACAUUUUCGGAGAAUUGGAAAAAUAUACGAUUCUGAUGAAAUUUGUGGUACAGUCGCAUCCCCGCUCCAGGGGACAAUUGAAGGUGAGAUCAAAAUCUCCUGCAGAUCCACCCAUAAUCGAAUCGGGUUAUCUUCAAGACCCCUAUGAUAUGGAUAUGUUAAUGGCCGGUAUUGAUUAUAUGAUGGCCUUGGAAAAUAGCAAGGCCUAUCGAAGCAAUGGCGUGGAAUUGAUGCACAUACCCAUUGCGGAAUGUGAUAGCCUACGUUUUAAAUCGGAGGAAUAUUGGCGUUGUUAUAUAAAAUAUUUUUCCAGUACCUGCUAUCAUCAAUCGGGUUCGGUGAGAAUGGGAGCGGUGGAGGCUGAAAGCAGCUGUGUUGAUCCGCAACUACUGGUGAAAGGUGUGGAAAAUUUGAGGGUGGUGGAUGCCUCAAUUAUGCCCUAUAUUACCACGGGAAAUACUAAUGCUCCUACUAUUAUGAUUGCGGAAAAGGCAGCGGAUAUGGUCAAGGGCAAAUACGAGGGGAGGGGUUGA